AUGCAAGAUCCCUGGGGUUCCCCGUGGGCUAUCACUGACGACAAUGCACAGCCAGCACUGCAGAUAAACGUCGUGCCACCACCGCCGCCGCCUACGACGUUACCCCUAUCGGCGAUUGGCAUCUCCGACAUUGACGACACAAUCAACCCAGAGUCCCACGACGAUGACGCCGCGGACGGACUGCAACCACGCACCACACGUCUCUGGCCGAGCGGCACGGAUAACAGCGGCGCCGAUGACACGUGGGACCGGUGGAACGAUGCGAGUAGCAGUCCUGGAUGGGGACGGAGUCCGGAGCUAAGACCGGUCACGACGGCUGCGUCUCCGGCCGGGUGGGAUGGGUCGAGUGUGAACCUCGCCCUCGCCGACGCCAGCCUACCUACACACGACGGCGACGAAAUCUCCGAAGCGGAAGGGGAGCGGCCGCCGAUGGCCGUCGAGACGGACAAGGUGGACGCGCACGACGGCAUAGCAGAGCGGACCCCCCCCGUCUCAGCUGCAGCAGCUCUGCGGGACGACUCCGAGAGGCAGGAGCUCGUCGGGGCGGCGACGACGGCGACGGCGACGACGGAGACACCGCCGUCUGCGCUGGACGAGCUCUUCCCGCUCGCGUCAGACACAGACGUCACCUCCGCCGCCGUCCCGGAAGUCUUGGCCGACAAGACCACGGCCGACGGGUUCGGCACCGGCUCGGAGCGCAGGGCGUGGCAGCGUCUAUCACGCUUCGGCACGAUGCGCAAGCACAACCUCGGCCUGGACGACGACCACUACGUGCGCAUAGACUGGGCGCAUUCCUCGGCCGUGCGCAAGACGACACUCAAGACCGUCAGGCGCUGGAUGGAGGAGGACAGCAUCGCCGGCCGCACCGUGCUGGGCGGCGGCGCCAAGGGCAGGCAGGACGGCACCGUCGGCGCCGCCAUGUUCAACUGGGACUCGUCGGCACCGCAGGUCGAGAUCGGCAAGCUGCUGCUGCAGAGGUCCAGCAGCAAGCAAGGUUCGGCGGCGGCGGCAGCGGCGGCGGCGGGGCGACCGCACUCUGUCAUCGGGCACUCCUCAAAGACGCCGUCGCCUCUUGCCGACGAGCCGAGGGAGAGACCUGCAUCGGCUUUCCUGCCCUCUCUCAGGAUGAUCCCACCGCCAUCACCGCCAGAGAAGCCUGCCGCAGCUCCUCGGCGAGACGACGACGGAGAUGACGAAGACGACUGGGGUGAGAUGGUCUCUUCUCCCGCAGUAGACGGCCCAGCAAACGCCGCGGCUGCAUUUGACGCCUGGACGCAGCCCGAGACUGCUGAAGGAUCGGAGACCAGGACGCAUGUGGAUGAGGAGAAGGAGGAGGAGGAGCACGUGGGGUCAGCGUUCGAUGCGCCGACGUCGCCAAGAGACACGGACCCGGUGCCGGUGCCGGCGUCGGUGCCGGUGUCGGUGCCAUCUAUCGAGGCUUCCGUGCUUGACGAGUCUGCCUGGCAGUGGGACGAGGAGGCACCAUCCAAGGCUGCAUCCGCAUCGGCUGGUUACGACGAUGAUGCUCCAGAGCCGAUAUCUUCAGGCGCCGUGUCUCUCACAACAUCCAACUCACCUGCCGGGACGACGGAAAUAGCAGACGACGCCGACUCGUACCACGAUGCCGAGGAGACCGUCGCCAAGGUCAUCGAUAGCCUGCCCGACUUGUCCUACAUGCUACGGUAA